AUGAAUGAACAGGAAAGGAUUUCAGAUAUCAAAGCACACGGUGAGCAGCAUGAAGAUGAGGAAGUGGAAGAAGACAAAAAAGAAGAACAAUUGGAAGAUAUACCUGUCAUACACAUUGAAGUUAAGGAAGGACUACCAAUAGGAACAGUUGAUGCAACCAAAGAUGAAGAUGAUGGAGGUGAAGACUUGUCUUUCUUGAAAGAUGUUAAAGUAGUUGAUGAUGGUGAAGUAGUUGUAACCAUAGCAACAGAAUCAAAAAUUGGAGCAGAAGCUGAUGAACAAGAUGGUGAACAAGAGCAACACGGAGCUGGACGUGAGAGGUGUGGUAACAAGAGCAAUGCCAAGAUUAUCCCCGUGAUGCAGAAAAUAGGGAUUAGUGAAAUCAUCCACUGUGUUCGUGAGGAUGGAGCAUGCUUUCAAGCAAACAAAAGUAAAGUAGGCCCUCCCACUCGUACUCUCGCCCAAAGGCGUCUCAAACAAGAUGGAUAUCGAGUCGUCGACGCAAUUCACUCGAGCCAUGAGUUGAUCUCCUCAGACUGGCGAACAUCAACAACCACCCUCCCUUUAAAGGUCCAAGCAAUAUCGAUGGACGCAGUCGGCUAUACUGUGAAUGUGGGUUUGGGAACGCCACCCAAAUCUCUUGCCCUCUACAUAGACACAGCUAGCGAUCUCACUUGGACACAAUGCAAGCCCUGCGCUCGACAUUGUUAUGAUCAGCCAGAUCCCAUCUUUGAUCCUUCCAACUCCACCUCUUACACCAACAUUAGUUGCACUUCACCAUUGUGCUUUAACCUCUCCGCCGUUGCUCCUACCGGCUGUUACAUGAAUUCCACAUGCAGCUAUAAAUUGUCGUACGGUGACGGAACCUAUUCGUAUGGAUUAUUCACAAAGGACACACUGACCUUGACACAAUUUAAUGUGAUUAAAGGCUUUCAAUUUGGGUGCGGCUAUGAUAAUUGGUUACCAUAUCCUAAUGAACGAAUAGAUGGAAUUCUUGGACUCGGUCCGAGGCAAGUAUCCAUUGUUUCACAGACCGCCAAUAACUAUGGAAAGGUUUUCUCCUACUGCUUUCCAUCUUCGCCUUGCUCCACCGGCUACCUAACCUUUGGAAUCGCUGCUUCUCUUCGUUCUUGUUCUGUAAAAUACACGCCGAUGUUACAGAAACAUUAUGUCGUUGAGUUAGUAGCGAUAAGCGUCUGCGGACAGAAAUUACCCAUUAAAGCAUCGGUGUUUUCGAGCGUAGACACCAUUGUAGAUUCUGGAACUGAUUUCAGUAUGUUGCCUGCAACAGCAUACGCUGCCCUUCGAUCAGCUUUCCAACAACGAAUGAUAGAGUAUCCGAGGACACAGAACUUUUCAGAUUUCGAUACGUGCUAUAACCUCAGCAAUUACGACCAUGUAAGCAUACCCAAGAUUAGUCUAUUCUUUGGUGGCAACGUUGAACUAAAUAUACAUCCAUCUGGAAUCAUCACGGCACAAAACAAGACCCAGGUGUGCUUGGCCUUUUAUGAUAAUACUGAUUACGCAAAUUUGACUGUCAUUGGAAAUUUUCAACAAAAAGCACAUACCGUAGUCUACGAUAUUGCCAAUGAGAGGCUCGGGUUUGCUCAAUACAACUUUACUUUAUAUGUCACAACGUCCAUGAAGGUCAAUUCCAGUCGAAUCUCCAAAUUACCUCAAUUGGGUGGUGAACUCAAAGUCAAGAAAUGGAUUAAUAUAUUUGGUGAGAAAUGGGUCAAUACAUGGUCCAAUAGUCACCACUAA